CAGGACAUAUAUAAAGACCUCUAGGCAUUUUUUAAAUCAUACUGACACUAAUCAGCUUCAAAACCACUCACAAAAAUGAAAUUCCUAGUCCUUCUCGCCGUUGUGGCUUACGUCUCCGCUGAGGGCGUCAAAUACGACGAAUCCGCAGCCAGCAUCGUCAAAUCCUCCUUCGACAGCAGCCCUGAAGGAAACUCUUUCAGCUACGGCUUCGAAAGCAACAACGGCAUCAUUUCUCAAGCUGAGGGUGUUGUGAAGAACCCCAGCGGUGAGAACCCCGCUCUUGAAGUCAAGGGAUCAGUCAAGUACAACGCUCCCGAUGGAACUCCCGUUGAAUUGGUGUACGUAGCAAACGAAAACGGAUACCAGGCCUCUGGCUCCCACAUCCCCGUGCCACCCCCAAUCCCAGAGCUGAUCCUCCGCAGUCUCCAAUACAUCGCUGAACACCCCGCCCCCGUUGAGCGUGUAGUCAAGAAGAACUAAGAACUGGACCCCUGAUUUUUCCGAUUUUUUCUGUUGAUUUUUGUUUUUUAGCAUCGUACAAUGCAAGAAGUUGAUUAAAGUGUGACAUCAAA